CGUCUUUCGAGCGGAUAUUGUUUAUGAUCGACAUUUUCUAAGUCUUUAGAAAAUUUAGAUCUAGGACGUAAUUUUUAUCAGAAUUCCGUCUUAGUAGUUGUUAUUUUAUGCAAACAUUAGUGCAUUGAGUACGUUUUCUGAAAUUGAAUCAAAUUAACACAAAACCGUGUCGUAUAAACGUUAUGUGUAUGCCUAUAAGGCUAAAGUUUUUUUCGCGACCAUUAUAGCGGGAAAUCUACGUUGUGACGCGCACAAACCGAGAUUAUUCGUCCCUAGCACUGGCGGAGUGUCGUAACAGCACGGUUAUGUGGCCAUUUAUAUUUUGACAGUGGACUUGUGAUAAAAAUUGUUUUAUUUGACAAUGUCUGAGGAAAUGGCGGUGUCUGAUAACACAACUGGGGAUGAAGCUACAGUUAGCAACGAUGAUCAAACAGCGGCACCUGUGGCGGAGCCCGAGGAGGUAGCAACAGGAGAGCCGAGCGAGCCUGUUGCUCCUGUUAUCGAGGAGCCCCCAGCGAUGGAAGAAGAUGCCCCGGAACCAGACAAGGAACCAAAGAUUGAAGUAGAAGAGAAACCAGCAGUUAAAACUGAACCUUUGACCGAGGAGAUAGAUUUACCGCUGGACUCAUUACAUACUGAUGUGGAACUCAAGAAGGAGGAACUGGAAGAUGUGAAAGAUGAAUUUGAGACCUUUGAGCAUAAUAUUGAGGAGGACAUCAAGCGGGGGAUCAAACGGAGAGCCUCAUCAGCUUUCAGUGACACUGGCGACGAAGACUUCAAAGGCUUUGACGAUAUCAAAAUAGAAAUCAAGACUGAGGACUAUAGUAGAGUUUUGGAACGGCUGGAAGCAGAGGUGACAGAAGCGAGCAAGGAUCUGGUGCCUAUAAGGACUGUGAUGGCCGCGCCUGGCAGAGCCUCCAAGCGUCCACGCAAGGAUACUGAUGGAUCCAGACCCUCAUCAGCGCUAUCUUCAAGAUCUGACGAGGGAGGUACCACUGAUGUUAGCGCGGCAUCAUCGCCUGCGCACCGUGGCGGUCGUCGCUCCACCAUUGAGAUGUCGUCUCCCCUACUCCGAGUGCCUCUCGAACGCGGGUGGAAGCGCGAGCUCGUGUACAGAGCCGCGUUGGAUGCGCACUCGAGACGGAAUGCUGACAUCUAUUACUAUACGCCUUAUGGGAAGAAGUUGCGGUCUACUAGAGAGGUAGCCGAACACUUAGCUGGUACUGGCCUCACAGUGGAGAACUUCUCCUUCUUCAAAGAACCACUUGGCGUUGAUGAUCCCGAAAAGGAAAUAAUCAGGCAACAUGAAGACGACUUAAUUUCAAGUGCGGAGGCAAAUGGAACCACGGCUCCCAAAAAUGAUUCACUGGCCAAGGGUACGCCAAGAUGGUUUAACGAGAUAAUUAUUAUAAAUCCACGGGCCAUCGAUAGUACGGACUUUGCUGCCGGCGCCGUUACAAUGCCUGAAAACGUUGAAGAUAAAAAGAUUAACGUUUGCUUUUUUUGCAACAAAAGCAGAAAAAAAAAUAAAGGUCGAGAACAGAAACUAUCGGUUUUCACAGAAAAUGGACUCAAUUCAAUUAAAAACUUAGCGAUCGAGAGCAACGAUUACGGCAUGAUCCAAAAAUGUCAGGACUUACAAUCAGAUCGGAAUUGUUGUUUUCAUAAUUGUUGUAAACUUCAUUAUACUACUUCGCGAAAGUCCACAAUAUUAAAGCUGGGACAGAAUACAACUGAAUGGCAUGUCACAAGAGAUAUCCGAGCUGCAGCGUACAGUGCUGUCGAACAGUUUGUCGCUGAACAUAUUGUCAGUCAAGGGCAAGUUGUCUACAUGAAGUUUUUAAAUGAAAUUUUCAGUGAACACUUGAAGAACAAUCAACAAGAUAUUUUAGACUACAGUUAUAAAUCGUAUCAUUUGAAAGAGCGACUACUUAAAAAGUUUUCAAAAAAAAUUAAAAUUAUAAAAUUUAAAGGUAAAACUGUUGUAAAACCGUACCGAGGGUACGUUAUCGAUUAUUUGGCUAAAAUAGACGCCAAACUGAUUCGCCGCGUGGACUCACCAAUAGCGGCCACAGUACCCCCAGCACAGGUUGAAGGCAAGAGGACCCCCAAACCUAAGCCCCCUAAGGGAGCCAGUCCUGAACCUGUCACCCCUGCAGCCACCGCCGCCACUACUGCUACUACUGCUGCCGCUGCUGCAAAUAAAUCUCCUCCAGCUAAGCUUAAGGUGAAAUCAAUGGGCUCCCGGCUCAGCAACAACGCAGCUCCUGCAGCACCAACCCCACCAGCGAAGCAACAGAAAAAACCGCAACCAGCCGAGCAAAAACCGCAACCGGCGCAACAACCAGCAACAACACCGAGCAAUACUGACAACAACAACUCUGCUGCCUGGAAGAAACCGAGUGCGGUCGUGGCCAGGCCGCAGCCCGCGCCGCCGCCGCCGCCGCGCGCCGCGCCCUCGCCGCCAGACCCGCCCGCCACCGUGGCCCCGCGCAUGGAGCCGGGCCGGCUGGUGCAGCCGUGCAGUAUGUCGUGCGGGCGCGGCGCGGUGCCGUCGCUGGCCUGCGCGGCCUGUCUGUGUCUGUACCACCCUGUAUGCGUCGGAUACACGCAUGCAUUGCCGCCUGACCCGUUCUUGUGCAAGAACUGUCGCAAAUCAACAUCGCCGCCACCACGGCCGGACCCGCCCCCACUAACCCACAAGUCUGGUAUAACAACAAGUAGUAUCCCGAUACCCGUGCCAGUGCCCGUGCCCGUGCCUGUGCCUGUGCUCGCGCCAGUACCGAGACGUGUGCCUGUUCCUGUGCCCAUACCCGUACCCGCUAAGGUGCCCAGGGAUAAACGGGUGUUAUUGAGGAUGAAGGUGGCAGGCGGCACUCCAGACGGAGAACGAGUAUGGGCAGUAGCAGGCGCGGGCCCGGGGCCGGUGCAGGCGGCGGCCGUGCCCCCGGCGCCCGCGGCCGCUGACGACAAGAGACGCGGUCGCGUGGCCAACGGCGCGUCGUCCCCGCCCACCGCCACCAUGUCGCCGCGACGUCGCGGGCGACAACGAGCCGACGAUACCGACCACUUCACUGCCUUCUAUAACAAAGCGCAGGAGAGGAACUACAAUGUUGUUGUACAGAUCUUCCAGUACCUGGGCAUGCGCGACCUGGCACACUGCGCGCGCGUGUGCAAGCUGUGGCGGCAACUGUCUGCUACACCCGCGCUCUGGAGACAUGUCAGGAUGAAGAAUUCACAUGUGAGUGACUGGGGAGGAUUAUGCGCAGCGCUCAAACGGCACGGGACGAAGAGACUAGACCUGCGCAAGAUGUUACUGCCACAGAACGAUACCGUCUUCUGGGAACAGUUCGCUGAACACAUUUCUACUGUCGACACGCUGGAGAGGAUAGAGAUGUGUCGCUGCCCGGCGCGCGCCGUGGAGGCGGUGUGCCGCGGGCUGCCCGGGCUGCGCGCGCUGGCCGCGCUGGCCAUCCGCGACGCGCGCCUCGACCCCGCGCCGCUCGCCGACCUGCCGCUACUGCACGAGCUGCGCCUCAAGAGCAUGGCCGGCCUCUCGCUCACGCAGGACCUGCGCCAUCUCGCCUCGCUCACCAAGCUGCAGCACCUGUCGCUCACCAGCAUCAAGGAAUUGGGAUGGUGUGCUUGCGACGUGAUCGGUUCCCUAGAGUCCCUAGAGUCCCUGGAGCUGGGCGAGUGCACGUUCGGCGCGUCGUUCGCGGGCGUGCUGGCGCGGCUGGGCCGGCUGCGGCGGGUCCGCCUGGAGCGCGGCACGCCGCACUGCGCCGCGCCCGCCAUCCUGCGCGCGCUGGCCACGCGGCCGCUGCUGACGCGGCUGGAGCUGGUCAACAUCGACGUGAAGCCGGGCUUCGACGACGCGCUGGCGGCCUGCAGCAACGUGCAGCGCCUGCUCAUCAUCCCCACGUACGUGUCGCAGUCGGCCACCACCAACCGCCAGGUGCUGUCGGGCGUGCUGCGCCUGUCCGCGUCGCUGACGCACCUCAUGUGGGGCGUCACCAUCGAGCUGCUGCGCGUCACGGAGCUGUUCAUCGACCAGUGCGAGCAGGCGGGCGAGCCCAAGCGGCGCGACGUGGGCGAGUGCAUCCCCGUGCUCAAGCCCGUGCCGGGCUGCAAGCUGCCCGCGGACCACGCCGGGCCCACCGGGCCCCCGCAGGUGGAGAUCCUGCCCCUGCCGACGCUACAGCGCCUCCUAUCGCAACAACUCCCCCAUACCAAACUGAAGUUGCUCCGCAUCCCGUUCCACGCGACCUGGCGCCAGUCCCUCGCGGACUUCCAGUAGCGCACGACACUGCCUAUGUAAGCAUACCUACUUACCGUGUACAUACUUAUAUCACUAGAUAUAAAACUAUAUAUUGUUGUAACCAGCCCGGAAACUAUACACAUUAAUGCACACUAACUCACGCCCUCGAUGACAAAAAAAGAGCUAUAAACAAUAACAUUUUAGCUUGGAAUUGAACUUUAAAAUGUUUAUAAUUUACUAAACUUCGUUAUGUUAUUAGAUUUUAAACAGAUUAAUAAUAUGUAGUUGGCCAAUGUUAUAGGGAAAUCUAUUUUGUGAGAUGUGGUAAUAGAGAUACAUAGUAUAUUGUACUAUAUGUAGCUGAAACAUAGCCUUUGAAAACAAAGAUACAUUUGUAUUAAACACAGUUGAACUAUACCUGUUGUAAGGUUAACGCAAGCAAUAAGAUAGCCGGCUCAUAUUAUAUUAGACAUGUAAUUAUUACAUACUGGGCUUUGAAUACACUGGGGGAUAAUAACAGCAAUAUGUGGGCCAUUGAUAACACAAACUGUCUUUAACCGACGGUCAGUGGGCUGCGCGCAGUCACCGCGCACGCUACUCAUGUAUAAGAGUCCCGAUGUGACUUCAAACUAGAAGAACUGCUCAAAUAGUUUACUUAAGUAAGCCAUAUAUUUGAUAUCGUAUGUCUCACGAUGCUUAUUAUACAAAAAUAGCCAUGUUGUAAUAAACAUAAUUUAGAUAUCUUAAAUGUGUUAUCAAUAUUAUUUACAUACAUGGAUUAAUGGUUCUUGAAUUGUAUAUUUAGUCCCCUAGUGACUCCAAGCCCAGCAUUCAACACCAGUAUAUCCCAUAUAUCGCCUUACAAAGAUAUUUUAAAUUAGAAGUAGCAGAGAAUAUAUUGUGUACAUAAAUAUUAGUAUAUAGGGGUUCACAGCGGUCGAUAUCUACCAUAUUAUACUAGUAUAUUAUAUUUUAUUAUAUUAUACAUUAUAUUUAUUUAGUAUACAAUCGUUAUACACUGAUUUUGUAAUUUCUCUUGGUAACUUGUUGGGGUCUUGGGGAAUAUAAUUUUUUCAUCACCAGCCCUUAAAUGUCCACUACUGAACAAAAGCCUGUUCUUACACUGAAAAAGUAAAGGCAUCUACUACACUACGCUUUAAUUAGCUUAGUCAUUCCUAAAAUGUUAGUCCGGGUUUCCUCACGACGUUUACAUUCACCGUAUGUUGGUGAUGUUUAAAUAAAUUUUAGAAAGUACAUUUAUGUAAUGGGCGCCGCCGAUUGCUUACUAUCAAGUGAUCUGUUUGCUCGUUUGCCGCCCUAUAUCUUACCAAUAUUGUAAAUGUGAAUGUGUAUGUGUUACUUACACAUCAAAACGGCUAAUGGAAUCGAUAGAAAUUUGGAACUGGGACAGAUUAUGGUCCGGUCCGGAAUAACAUGUAGAAAAAAUAAAGUCAAAGUCAUUUAAUUAAACUAGACCAGGAAGGCACUUUUGAGUAUCAAUAACAAAAAUUUUGAA